CUUAGCCUCUCCUGAUCAGCCACUCACACACCUGAGCCAUGGACCCUGGGGAAUGUACAUGCAUGUCUGGAGGGAUCUGCAUCUGUGGAGAUAACUGCAAAUGCACAACCUGCAGCUGUAAAACCUGUCGUAAAAGCUGCUGUCCCUGCUGCCCCCCAGGCUGUGCCAAGUGUGCCCGGGGCUGCAUCUGCAAAGGGGGUUCAGACAAGUGCAGCUGCUGCCCCUGAAGCCCACCCAUGGCACUGGGAGAGAUCCUUGAAGUGACUACACAGUGCCUGAGUCAAGAGAUUGAGUUUGUAUAAUAAGUUGUACUUUUUAUAUAUAUGCCCAAAUGCUGGGCGGGCAGGUGACGUUCAUGUAAAGUUCUUGGAGCAAUAAAGUUUCCACUCAUGGC